AUGGGUUCCACCAUCAGUGGGUUCCAGCUGCUGAAACUUCUGGACUGGGGCAGUAAAGCCCUUAGAAACUUUCAAAAGGAGAAGGCAACAGUCAACAUGGCAGACCUCCAGCACGCGACCAGCGGACCGCCAACGCAUGCGCGAACGGCGGGCCCGACCGCGCAUGCGCGAACGGCGGACCCGACCGCGCAUGCGCGAACGGCGGACCCGACCGCGCGAACGGCGGACCCGAUCGCGGCGAAGGGCGGACCCGACCGCGCGAACGGCGGACCCGACCGCGCGAACGGCGGACCGCGCGAACGGCGGACCGCGCGAACGGCGGACCGCGCGAACAGCGGACCGCGCCAACAGCGGACCGCGCCAGUGGACCGAUUGCAGUAUCCUCCUCUAAGAGAAAUAGAGAUCGGAUGGACAAAUACAGGCCUGUCACCCUGGCUACUAAAGAAUCCUCAGACUUCAGUGGUUGGCUUACCAACUGCAGUCUUCAGUUUGGUAUUUAGUGCCAAGAAGGAAAGUGAUCAUUUCACAUCCAUUGAUUGGUUCUCGAUUCCAGGCUGCACUGUAAAUAAUACUGACAUCACAAUGGUUCUUCAUCCUGACUGCUACAGAAUCCUCGAACUUCAGUAGCUUGACUACCAACCUUACUCACCAGUUUGCUAUGCAGGACUAGAAAGGCAAAAUUCGAGUUUAUUCAAAGGUUCUCCUUUCCAGGCUCCACCAAAAAGGUAUUUUUUUUUAUAAGUAAUUUGUUUCUCAUGAUAGCUUAAUCAUAUCAGGAAGUGUUCUCUCUUUAUUCCUCUAGAUCAUAUGAACUAACUCUCAACUCAGUAGUGGUUUCUUGAAAAGGUAGACAUUCAAGCCAUAUUCGGUACCAAUCUUCUGUAGAAACAACAUUAUUAUAUGAAGGGAGGUAUGCUUUAAGCAUACAGGAGAACAAUUUCUGUAAAUCUUACCAAAAAAAAGUGUCCAGGUUAUGCUUGAGCAUUGUUUUAUAUGCAACCCAAUUGUUUUAACCACCAUGACUACAAAUAUUUUUAAAAAGAAUUGGUCAUUCUUUUUUGUAGACCCUAAACCUAAGAACUCCCUGGUUUUCUUCAAAUUGUUAUAGUUACAACACAUAUUGUGUUCUUUGGAAUAUAUUUCUGAAUAUUUGAACAUUAAUUCUAAUUAGACAGGAACUACUUUCCAGACAUGUUAGUUUCCUUUCAGUUUGUCCAUCACAAAAUUUAGUUGCUAUUAUUUUGUAACAUAUCUUCACAUUAGUGUUUGAAGUAUGCGAUGACAACCAUUGGCUGCUGUUCCUCCUGACUUUGAAUCUCAUGGGUCUCAUAGGCUUUCCACAUAAAUGUUGGUGUCUCUCUACAUAUUCUUUGAAAGACGUCAUAUGUUUUGGCGAGAAUUAUAGUCACUAAAUAUAUAAUUUUAAUAUUUGUAUUGUAUGAGCAGGGUAGAGAAAAGAAAUCACCAAAAAGUAGCCACUUCACUAUUAUAGGGAAGGAGGUUAUUAUGGAUUAGAUAAAAAUGUUCAGAGGCAUCUAAAAAUGUUUACAGCCGAUUGAAGCUUGAUUUUACGACUGAUGUCUAAGAGAGAACAGACAAUAUCAAGGUAGAAUAUUGGACAUACCUGGGGGAGUGAGAGAAACACUGCCUUCAUAAAGCAAAGGGUGCUUCUAUAACAUUUUGGGAGUUAUCUUAGUGCAUAAGCUGAUGGAGAUCUUUGGGAAGGAAUAGAAAUCUAAGGAAAAUGAAUAACGAUUACUUUUACUUCCUGUUCACGUUAAAUAAGGGCAAGUGUGGCUAUUGGCUCCAGAAGCUUGCUACAGCGGGGUCGCUGAGACGCUGCGUGAGCCCAGCGACAGGUCCAAGCAUGUGGACAGAGGUAGCUGCUGGCCGCCUCUGCCCAGCCAGUGAGGUCCGGGUACACUCGCUGCCCAGCGCGCCUGGCUCCUAGGCCACCGUGGAGAUGUAGUCCCACUUGUUGUCCCAGUCAUCUUCGCUGCCUUGGCUGGCCUGGUGACCUCCAAGGAGCUGCUGGGGCAACUUAGGUGGUACUAUCAGUAUAGGACUAGGCUGAGGGGCCAGGUCAUCACUUGUUAAUGUUCCAGAUCAAAACAUGAGGAGGGCACAAAGCAUUCUGAUCUCCAAUGCUCUCUAGAGUACAAAUUAAUUUAUGAAAAGUACAUGAGGCUCUAGACAUGGCUCAGUACUAAAAAAAAAAAAAAAUCCACAUUCAAUCUGGAUCCUAUUUGAUCUAAGCACCUAUAUGUUUGUUUGCACAUAAGUUCUGUACUCAAUUUCUAAUUUCCUCCGGUAAUCUUGGCUCUAGUAAUGAAUUCAUAUACCUACAUAUAGACCAAAAAUUCACAUGCACAAAGUCUUCUGAAAAAAGUAGAAAUCCAUGAACAUAGAACUCUGUAACUGUGUACCUGCUCAUGAGCCUGCCUGGGUUUCCUCAGUCUUGAUGCAAGUACUGAAGGGGAGGUGGGGUGGGGGAUCAGGCAAAGAAACCAUGGGGAAGUAGAGAGUGUGGAGUUCUAGUGGAAGCUUAAAGUCCCUGAAAACCCCACGACAGCAAGAGAAGAACAUGGAAUAUUUUAGCCAGGUGUGUAUGGACUUCCUACUCAGCCAUUAGCUCUCCUUAAUUUGAACCAGAGAAAGAAUAAUAGUAUUUAUGUUGUAGACUCUGAAUGUGUUUUCUGGGGAGACCUUGUGGCUACAAGUUGAGGACCUGUUGGAGAUAAUAAAAGAUAGAAAAUCUUGCCGAUUUUCCUAUUGUUUAGCGUCCUGAGCAUAGGCCCCUCAGGAAUUGCUCUAGGAGUUUAGUGUGACUGGGAUAAACUACGUAUAUAUGUUUUGGGCUCAGUUAAAUGCAAAAUUUAAACAGUGUCUGAAGGAACUUGGGAUGCGGAAAUUCAGCAAUGAAGAAAGAACAAAUGUUCUGAACUUCAUGAUCGUUUAGGUAGAAAGUUGCUAAUAUCUUUCCUUUCAUUUUCACUAAGGUUCAAGGUAAUCAGAUAAGUCACCCAGAAGACAAAAAGUAUGCUAUUCUGCCUUACAUCUUAAGUCCUGCUUCUUGGGAUAGAGACAGAAAUAUACCCAGGCAUCUAGCCAGUUUGGAUUACAUAGUUAGACCUGAUCGCAAGUAAAGCCAAUUCUAGAGAGGAGAGAAGGGAUGUGCUGAUAUGUUUGUGAUUCUCCAUCCACAAGCAAGGAACCUCUCAGGUGAUUUCAUUAACACAUUUAAAGAGCAGUCUAUCCUCCUUGCUGCUGGCAUUUUCCUGUUAGCAUAAUAAGAACAUUUGUAGUCUGUGAGGUGUCAGGUACAAUGACAUUCCUGAAUGACAAUCAUGCAGUUUGUGAGGUAGGAUAUCCAUAUAAGGCAAGCUAGUCACAUGAUUUUCUUGCCUCAACCUCACUGAGCUUUGAAUGACAGUGAUGUUGAUGUUCUAUUUAGACCAGAGUUAAUGAUAUAGAAUGCUCAAGUUCUGAAGAUCCAAACCCCACAAAUCACCAAUAUAGCUGCCAGAAGCUAAAAGAUACUAAAUAGUUACACAAAGGCACAGGUGACAAUAAAGAAAUAUUCAUUGCUCACAACCUGUAUUGUCGUGAU